GGCGGGAGGGCGGAAACGCGCGCGCCCCCGAGGGGAGGCACGUGUCCGGCGGCGGCGCGCAUGCGCAUCCAUCUCCUCACGGCCGUUGACCCGAGUGACGCCAGGCCGGUGAGCGGGAAGGCACCGAAGAGGAAGAGGAGGAGGACAGGGGUCAGAGCCCCCCCCCCCGGAAACGACCAGCUCCUCUUCGGGAGAGAUCCCGCCCACCAGUUCCCUCGUGCCGGAUUUUUCCCGAGUGCUGAAGUGCCACGGUCGCCACCCGAAUUAAGCGCCCAGUGAAUACCGUCGACGGUCGAACGGCCCAGCCCGUCCCCGCCGAACCGUCUGCGGCUGCCGGGAAGCCGUUUCCCCGAUGUUAAAAUCCAGAGCCGCGUCGCCUUCGGAGCUGGUUCGUCGGUUCGAGCCUGCGGGCGGGGCGCCGUCGUAAACGCUCGGAAGGGAAGCGUCUGCGAGCCGAGGGGGGACGUCCCCUCCCCGCCGUUCCCCGUGUCCGCCAUGAUCAGACACCUCCCGGAAGGCGUGCGGGCCAAGCUGCGGUCCGGCGUGGCCAUCGCCUCCCUGGGCCAGUGCAUCGAAGAGCUGGCCCUCAACAGCAUCGACGCCGAAGCCAACUGCGUGGCCGUCCGGGUGAACGUGGAGACCUUCAGGGUUCAGGUGGUGGACAACGGGUCCGGGAUGGGGAAAGAAGACGUGCGGAGGGCGGGCGACCGUUACUUCACCAGCAAGUGCGGCUCGGUCGAGGACCUGGAGAACCCGAAGUUCUACGGUUUCCGAGGCGAGGCUUUAGCGAGCAUAGCCGCUCUGGCUAAUGCCGUGGAGGUGUCGUCCAAGGCCGGCGGCACAGCCAAGACUUUCCUGAAACUGAUUCACGCCGGCAAGGCGCUGGACGUUUGCGAAGCGGACUCGGUCAGACCCAGCGCGGGGACGACGGUGACGGCGUACAAUCUGUUCUACCAGUUGCCGGUGCGGAGGAAGGGCAUGGAUUCCCGCCUGGAGUUCGAGAGGAUCAGGCGGAGGAUCGAAGCCCUCUCGCUCAUGCACCCGUCCGUCUCCUUCUCCUUGAAGAACGAGGCCUCCGGGGCCACGGUUCUCCAGCUCCCCAAGGCGAAAGACGUACGUGCCCGGUUCUGUCAGAUUUACGGCCUGGGCAGGGCGCAGAAGUUAAAAGAACUGAACUGCCAAGGCGGGGGCUUUGAGUGCCGUGGGUACGUCGGUGCCGAAGCCCACUACAAUAGGAAUAUGCAGUUUCUGUUCGUGAACGGAAGACUGGUUCUGAGGACGAGGUUGCAUAAGCUCAUCGACUUCCUGUUAAGGAAGGAAAGCGUCAUCUGCAAGCCGAAGGGCGGCCCCGCCGGCCGGCCGCCGAGCUCGAGCCACCCUCGCCCCCGCUCCGCUUCGGAGCGCCACGGCGUCUACGUCGUCAACGUGAGGUGUCACGUAGGGGAGUACGACGUGUGCAUGGAGCCGGCCAAGACGCUGAUCGAGUUUCGGGACUGGGAUGCCCUCCUGGCCUGCGUCGAGGAAGGGGUGAGGGCCCUUCUGAAGCGAGAACGGUUAUUCGUCGAGUCGUCGGGCGAAGACUCGAGAGGGGGCGGCGAAGGCAACGGCUUGGGUUUCGCCGCGGCUCUGCGGCCGGCGGCCUCGGGCCGGGGCGGCGGCCGGGAGAGUUUCCGGAAAGCCUGCGAUGACCUCCUGGAUUCGUACGAGCCCUCUGCCACGAAAUCCAAAGCCGUGAAGAGGAGAGCCGCGGGAGAAAGCGGCACCCUGGAGAAUUCCGGGCGGGCGGGAGACCGAGCCGGACCCGUCGCAGAUUCCGCCCUCCGGGCCGCCGGGGAACCCGCCGGCGGCGGAGGCGCGGCGGGAGUCCCUCUGCCGGACGGACGGGGCCCGGCGUGCGACCUGCCGAGAUCCGUUGCUGCGGAGCGAGAGGUAGCCGAGUCGGAGUCGGAAGGGACCGAUUCCGAAGCCGCCCCCCGGGAACCCGCGGCCCCGCAGAGUGGUGGCGCCGCCCCAGGCCUCCAGGGCGGCGGGAAGGAUCCCGGACCACAGAAGGACAGAGCCGGUGCCGGCGGCCCGGCGGCCCGUGUCCCAGGCCGGGGCCUCCCUCGGGGUCACGCGGAGAGGGCCGAGGGUGACCCCGAAACGGACCGCAAGGCUCGGCCUUUCGGGAGGCCACCGGUGGCGAUGUGCGAUGGGCCGGGCCGACGGGGCGGGGCGGACCAAGAGCUGAGCGGCAGCCGGGGAAGAGCGGAUUCUCCCGCCGGGCAAGUUAAACUGGCCACCGCCGGCUUUUUAACGCACCUGGUUCAGAACCCGCCCCCCGGGGGGUCGUCCGACGUAAAUCCUCCGUCGCGACGGUGUCUUGGGCCGGGCCCUCUGAGCGCCCGGGAGGUAUUUGAGCGCAGAACGGAUACCGCACGUCAGGCCCCCGACGGUAAUCGGCGGGCGAGUAAUUCGAACGGAAGACCUACCGCGCUCCCCGCUCGAAAGCACGAUGGCGCAGAUGCGGGUGACCGGCCAGGAGGCGAAACGCAAGUCCCCAGUGUGAAUGAGCGUCUCUUUUCUCACGCCGGCCGGCCUCGGGAGGGGGCUUGGGCAGCACCGGCCCCGAGUGCUCCGUUCUUGCUCGGUUCUUCGUCGAGUUUGCUCCCGGGCAGGCGUCCCGCCCGCAGGAGAAAGCAACCUGAGAAGCGGCCGCCGGUUUACCCCGGUUUACCCCAGAAGAAGCUCAGGUCGUGUCCCCAGCUAGGGUCGCUGGAGAAAUUCAAGCGACGAUACGGGAAAGUGGAAAGCCGUCCAACCGCCGGCCCUCCGGAAGCGAAGAGCGGCCCCGCGGUCCCGACGCCGUGUCAUUCCCCAGACGAACUGGAGAUCCCCCGGCGAAAGAGCGGGGGUCUCCGGGACUCCGGCAUCCGUGAGACCUCGACCGCCCGGGCUACCGAGCCGAGUGACGUCGGCCCCGUCCUCUCCCCGGAGAACCCGCCACCCUCCGGGAAAGAGGGUCGUUCCGAUCGACGGCCCUCGGGCGCGGGAGAGACGCCGUCGAGGCCGACGGCGGCUUCGCGGGCGGGCAGGAGACGUCUGAGCGAUGACGGGCCUCCGGGAUCGCUGGCUUCGAAACUCUCCAGGAUGAGAGGCCGUCGCGAGGAAGACCCAAGCAGCGAGACGACACAUCUCAGCGGGCGGCCCCCGACGGAGUCCAGGAAGACAGGCCCGGAGCCGGGACGCACGUCGAUCGGCAGUCCCUUUCGGCCGUCCCCAGGCGGGACACGAGAAGCGGAGCGCACGGGCGUCGUCCUCGAUUGGGACGCCGAAGGCCAGGACGAGCGCCGCGGUGAAGGUGGCGGAGGCGGCAGCCUGACGGCGGGGGGUACGACCUCGGCUGCCGGUCGGCCGCCGUCCGGCCGCCCGCCUAGGGAUCGCGUGGCGAAUCCUCCGCCGCCCGACGGAGGCGCCGACUCCAUCGAGGACGUUCGGGGCGAUUCGGGGUUGCUCGCCGCCCCUCCGGAGCCGCGGUCGCUCGCUUCCGAUGUCCUCGGGGCGCCCCGGGAUGACCUCGACCCAACCCGCGGGCGGGACGAGGAGGCCGGGACGCGGGGUGGUUCUGAGGACGAGGAAGAGCCGAGCCCGCGCUCCUCCGACUGGCUGCAGCAUUUCGACGUCUCCUUGGGUAGGACGGUCCAUGUCAACAAAAUAACCGGACUCAGUACGUUCAGGACCCCGCCCGAGGAAACGCCGGUGGACUGUACUAAAGAUCUGACGACGGUGGCCGUGAACGUCGUCUCCGGGAACGGGUUUCAGUGCAAGUGCCAUCCUUUCAGAAGUGAUCUGGUGCUGCCCUUCCUUCCAAGCGCUCAGAAGGCGAGGACCGUGAUGAAACAAGAUCACCAAGAUGGAGUUGCCGGAACCCCUGCCGCCGACUCUCUUCGUUCCCUGUUUUCGGAGUGGGACAAUCCAGUAUUCGCCAGAUACCCUGAGGUCGCCGUUGACGUGAGCAGCGGCCGGGCUGAGGCCCUGGUGGUGAAGAUUCACAAUGUCCUGUAUCCCUAUCGUUUCACCAAAGAGAUGGUUCAUUCCAUGCAGGUUCUCCGACAAGUGGAUAAUAAGUUCAUUGCCUGUUUAAUGAAUACUAAGCUCGAAGAAAAUGAAAAAGCAGGUGGAAACCUCAUCGUGUUGGUGGAUCAGCACGCGGCCCACGAGCGGGUCCGCCUGGAGCGACUCAUCGCAGAUUCCUACGAGAAGUGGCCGCUCAAAGACGCCGGCCGGCGAAAGUUGCUCUCCUCCGCUCUGAUCCCGCCGCUGGAGAUCGUGGUCACGGAGGAAGAGAAGAGGCUCUUGCGGUGCUGCUGUGAGAGCCUGGAGGAUCUGGGGCUCGAGUUAACGUUUCCGGACGACAGCGGGUCCCGGGUCCUGGUGGAGAAGGUGCCGCUGUGCUUCACUGUGAGAGAAGCCAGUAAUCUGCGUCGGGGAAGGGAGCCGGGGACUCAGAGCAUCGUGAAGGAACUCAUUCGAGAACAGGCGGAGCUCCUGCGAACCACUGGAAGAGCCCAGGCGACGUUGCCGUUGACCGUCAAGGAGGUGUUGGCCUCGCAGGCUUGCCACGGAGCCAUUAGGUUUAACGACAGCCUGAGCCUAGAGGAAAGCCGCCGGCUUAUCGAAACUCUAUCCCGGUGUCAUCUGCCCUUCCAGUGUGCUCACGGGAGACCUUCCAUGUUGCCUCUGGCGGAUCUAGACCAUAUGGAGGAAGAAAAACAGCCGAAACCCAAUAUGGCUAAACUUCGGAGGAUGGCUCGGGCCUGGCAUUUGUUUGGAAAACCGGCGGUCCGCAGUCAGAGCCAAAGUCCACAGCCAGCCGCAUCCCCUCAGGAACCACCGUGAAGGCGGAAUCUUCAGACGGUUGGAUUCUCACACGGCCAGAACUCGCCGGCUCGGGACCGUAUCUACCGGCUCUGCCUUCCAAAACCGAGACGCGAUUCUUGAUUAAAUAAUAAAUAGAAGCGGCGGGGCAGCGAGCGGGGGUGAACGCGGGGCCUCCGUCCAGAGACGGCUUCCGACGCACAGGGCAUUCGAUAUGAUUCCCCUCUGAGCCGGAAGCCGUCGAGGCUGGAGAUGGGCCCUGGGGAAACCGGUGUGCUCGCUCCGACCGCGGAACCCCGUGAUUUGUUAUUUUGAAAGCAGUCUCCCUUCACCCUUCUUUUUCUUUACCGUUGGUUGUCAUUUAACUUGCAUUCGUGAAGCGCGCGUGUAUCCCUCACCCCCCGGAAGUGGUCGCCCCGGACCCCGUCGCCAACGGGCCUGGACUCUUCUCGCUUCCUCUCCGUCCUCACCGGCUCCCCUUGUUUCUUCCCGAAUUCCGAAUCUCGGGCUGUAUCCUCUUCCCUCCCGCGGCGUUGCCCGAGUCCUCCACCCUACCCGAUAAAGAUAAUAACGAUCAUAAAAAGGAA